UAUUUUAUUUUCAAAAGCAGUUUUUUCAUUUCUUCUUCUUAGCAAACUGAGUUCAUGUAAAUGCUGAUCAUUAGAUUUCUUUGAAAUGGUUUAAUCGUAUGUUUCAGGCAUGGAACAGAAGAACUUAUCAACAAAAGGGGUACCGUAUCAACACUCCAAACAGUAGUUAGAUAACAAUUUUCCUUCUUAUAUUGGUCGUCAGUUUACGAUAGUUUCUAAUCAAUUUUGUUGGGAUUAUUCAAUUCUCCCUUUUCACCAGUGUGCGUUCCGUCAUUAUCCAAUGACAGUUCUUUCAUUUAACGACUAUAAAAAAGGCUUGGAAAUAAUCAAUUGUCUUUCCAUUUCGUAUAAAUUCAUGUAAAGGGCACAUUGAAAGGCACACUAAAUGAACUAAGUAACAUUAUUGGUGGAAUUCGAUGUUUUGUUUAUUUACUUACUUUCCUGCUUAUUAUAAAUGAACUGCCUGUUUGUCUGUCGAUCAUAAAAAUUCAUAUUCAGUUUCCCUGAUUGAUUAACACAAUAUUUUUGUUAACGGGUCAUUUUCUACUACUGUAAACAACGAGAAUGGCGUUGCUUUCAUUCACUAUCACCUGGUUACUGCUUUUUCAACAGAACAUAAAUGCCGAAUACUACACUGCUGUUAUUGAUAUAACGAAAGCAUGGAGGUUAAGUCAAGAACUAGUGUCCGAUCUAAAUUCUUACAUUGCCCUUGAAGAGAGACGUCUUAAUCGUAUUCGGAAAGUUGUCAAAGUGUUGGAUGCUAAUGGAUCAAUUAGUGACGCCUCGUCAACACUAAGUCAACAGAAUAAUGACCUAGAAGAAUAUUUAGGCAAUCCGAUUAAUGCUUAUCUUACAAUGAAGCGUCUUUCAUCAAGUUGGAAAUCACAAAUCAGUCAACUUGUUGACAAUGUACCAAACGGUUUUCAGAAGGGUGAUACUGAUGGGUCAGACUAUUUAAAUAUUUCUGAUGCUCAAAACACAAUCACAAUGAAUACAAUUCGAUCACGUGUUAAACAACAUACAGAUAUGCUACCUGGUGAUAAUGAUAUCAGUGGUGCAGUAGAUGCAAUUCUACGCUUACAGUCUACAUAUAAACUACCAGCUAGACAGCUUGCUUACGGUCAGUUAAUUGAUAAUCUGUCAACUCCUCAACUGAGUGCUGCUCAAUGCUUGGAAGUAGGUAGACAUGCCUAUUCACAGGGCGAUUUUGAACAAUCAGAAGAAUGGUUUCGUGUAGCCUAUGAUCGGUUAUUUGAUGAGUUAGAACAGAAAAAAGAAGUUGAUGCACAAGGAACUACCAUCGCAAGUGACGAAACUGAAGAAAAUGGAGAAACUGAACCGACAGUUGGACAAAUUUUAGACUAUCUUGCCUAUUCUCUUGGACGACAAGGAAGAUAUGCUGAAGCACUGAACGUGACACGUUUGCUAAUCGAAGAGGAACCGACAAAUACAAGAGCUAUCAAUAAUGAAGCCUUCUAUGUAGAACAAAUAGGCAGAGGUGAAGGAAGAAUAGGUCCAAAUCCUCGUUCUCAAGCUACAUCAAAGCACGAUCAAGAAACUGAGCUAUACGAAUCAUUAUGUCGUAAUGAAAAUCCCUUCCCUACAGUCCCAUCACGUCACCUAACAUGUCAAUAUUAUACUCCUCAUGCGUUUUUUAGAAUUGGUCCAAUUAAGGAGGAAACUUUAAACCCUGAUCCACGUAUUGUAAUGUGGUACGAUUUGAUUUUCCCAUCGGAGAUUGAAAAAAUCAAAGAACUGGCUACACCAAGACUUCGUAGGGCGACGGUUAAAAAUCCAGUAACUGGCAACUUAGAGGUAGCAUUUUAUAGAACCAGUAAAAGCGCUUGGCUUCCUCAUUCUAUGACUGAAAUUACUGACCAGAUAAGUCAGCGUAUACGAGCUGUUACAGGUUUGUCCCUUGAGACUGCUGAAGAUCUACAAGUCGGUAAUUAUGGGUUGGGUGGACAUUACGCUCCACAUUUUGAUUUCGGUCGAGUAAGUUCCUAAACAUUUUCAAUUUUUUGCAGACUCUAGACAUUAGCUUUUUAAGUUUCCAGUUACAGCAAUGGAAUUUUAGCUCCCCCUGUUAAAUUUCUGCUAUGUUGAUGGGUUUCGCAUUAAAAUUGUAUGUCAAGGUCAACAAUUUACUUCUAGUUACCGUAGUAAUCGUGGUCUCAAUAUCUAAGCAAUCCUUACUGUUUACGAAUUUACUAGCUUUAGUAAGCUAUUCCAAUUGUAAAUUGACUUUUAGUGUAGAUAAUUUAUGGUGAUCAUAAUGACGAAUUGAACAAGUAACGAUUCUGAUGACAAGUCUAUACGUGGAUCUAAUAGACUCUUAUAGGUUGGAUUAUAUUUCUGUAAGUCAAAUAGUCGUACACUUAAUGUUAUUGGCUAAACUGAAUACCUGAAACAUAAACAGUAGGUUUAUAAUAUAGUUGAGUCUUGUUGUAUUACGUUCUGCUUGUCUGCCUCCUUGUAAAUCACUUGUAUUGAAUCAAAUGUAUUGGGUCAUUCUUGACGAAUGCAAUCAAGUUCUAAAUUAUGAACUUCGUAAUACUGGCGUUAUAUCAGGUAGAAAGACUGUUAAGAAGUAAGUAGUUUUAGAUACCUGCUUCGUCAUGUUUUGUGACUCUUCAUUCUUUGGGACUUUUAUUAUCGUUUCUUUUGAAUUCCAUAGUUAACUUUGGUCUCUCCACUGAUUGAUUUUUUGAUGUUGUUCUUUUACUUACUGUAACGAAGUGCGUGAUUGCCACUUACCCCCCACAAAGCUUGUUUUCUCACUAAAAAAUAGAGUAGUUGUCAUGAAAUCCCAUAUUAACAUGUUCCAACAUAUAAUAACAAAUGGAAUUCACUACCAUCCCCAAAUUUUAACAUUUUUAUAAUCAAUAGAUUUCGAUCAGAAUCGGAUGUAUUAAUACAUAGUGAAUUCCAAUUUUUUUGUAUCAAAGCCAUCUUUAAAAUUCACAAAAAUAAAUUAAUUAACUAUUAGCUGAUCAGUUAGAUAAUUUAAAAAUAUCAUCUCUUUGUAGAAAGGAAAAGAAUCUUCAGAAGUAAAGCAACAUAUUACAAAAAAAUUAGAAAAGUUUGGUCUUUGUUAAGCUAAUAAUAUAAAUGGACUAGAAAUUGAAGAUAUCUAGGAUUUCAUUCUAAGGUAUUCUACAGUCAUCAUAAUCUUUUUACCUUAUUACAAUAAAUAUAUAAAGGAACUUAGUAAACUAGCAGAAUAUCCUCUUUGUUUACCGAUGAUAAAUGAAUACGAUGUAUUAUAUCUUGACGAAAACUGUUAGAAGUAUGUGCAUAGUAUGUUUACUAAUUUGCUAAAUUUUUUUUGCAGAAAAGAGAAAAAGACGCAUUCGAAGUUAAAAAUGGGAACAGAAUAGCUACAAUUAUUUUUUAUGUAAGUGUUAUUAUUUAUUAGUUAGUUCCACAGGUAACUUUACAUUUGUACUUUCAGUCGGAAUUGAACAGCCAGAAUUAUAGUUUUUAUUAAACUCCUGAAAUAAUUUCAGUUUUUUAUAUUUUAACUGGCUUGCGAUUAUCCAGAGCCAAUUUGAGUAUGGAGGUCAGGACAGUUUAUUCAACUGAAGAACUGAAGUUAGUGUGUAGACUGAAACCGUUAUACACGUUAGCUACAUAAGAAAGAAGUUAUACAAGAAAGACUUGACAAGAAAUAAUAAUGAUUAUAAUAAUGAAAAUAAAUAUUGGGAAUUUUACUGCUCUUAGGUUUUACGUUAACUGAAUCUUUUCGAUUUCUGUCAAUUUACUGCAUGUUUUCAACAUAGUACUAGGAACGUAGAUGGAUGGAGAAAACUUAGUGGAUUCUGUCACGCCGAGUAUAACUAUCUUCAUUCCUAAGACAAGGAUGAGAGGAACAGUAUCUAAUGUGAGAGUCAUAUUGAACCGGCACAUUCUGUAGCGCAAUUAAGCUACUGAUAUGAUUAAUGUACCUCCUAUGAUCCUAGAUUCUUUAAAUAGAUAGAAAGAUUACAGGAAUUAGGUAAGUUUUAUGCAAGAUGGGGACCGUUCGUUAAAUCUUAUUAUUGUUGAGCACAGGAAUUAGUAAAGGCUAAGGUCUGAAUAUGGACAAUAGGCAAUACUUCUGAAGCAAUACUAGAUCCAAUGCAACUAAAUAGAAUGAUGGCUAAUAAAAAACAAUCAUUACUACACCCGAGUAAGGAAACAGAAGACUUUGCGAAAGAGCUUUUAUGUCUCGCGUAAACACAACAAGAUAAGUAAGUAGUGUUUUGCAAGACAAAUUGACCGAUAGAAAUAGGUUCCAAUUAAAUGGGAUUCCCAUGUUUGGGACUGGCAGUGUUCAUAGAAGUUCUUCAAUGUCUAUUUAUUUGAAUAUACUGUGUGAAUAGUUUUUAAGCUAAACUCAUCAAAAUCAGGUCUACUUCUUUCACCUUACUGUAUCUUCAUUUUCAUAUUCCAAGCAAUUUUACCCUGGAUUUAUAAUUUAUAAUUAUUGUAACCGUGAAUAUCUUUGUUUAGUUUCCAUCUGUCAACAACAUAAUUACUUCUAAUUCAAAGCUUCGUUUCAUACCUCAACAAGUUUACUGAUUAUUUAGAAAAAUAAUCAGUAACAAAUAAAUACUCCUUAUCUACUGUAAAAGAACAUUUGCAUUCUAGUCCAUUGAGUGAUGUAAGAUUUACAAAUAUGUACACCACUACAAUAAGAUCAUCUUGGUAAGAUUAUCUAGAGGAACUGUGAAUCACUGAAAUAUAACACGUUAAGAUUUUUUAGGUUAUAUGAUCUUAUUGCGUAAAAAUGAGAAUCUUUUUUAUUUAUCGCAGACUGCGCUUAGUUCACAUUAAGAACAAUUUUCUGAGUGUAAGAUUUAGGUUAUGUAAGUAAAAGAUGAAGUGAAUGACUUUCACUUUGGUGCAUCUGGAAAUUAUAUCGACUUCAUUACAUGAUUUCCCAUGAAGAAAAAACCAACAUGUCGUCAAUGGAGUUCGCUGUAGAAACUGAUCCUAUCAUGUUAUUUCUGGACAUGAUUUUUGAUUGUUAGCUUUUGACAAAAUACCAACUUGUCGUCACCACAGUACUGUGAUCGACAGUAGUUGUCAAACAAAAUUAUAGGACAUAGUCUUAUGAAAUUAAAAAUUAUACCAUAUGUUAUACUAGCAUACACUGAUCAUUUCUUCAUAAACUAUAAAUUUCGAGAUAAUACCUAUGUUUUCAAGUUUCAUGUAACGAAACAGUACUUGAUACCUGGCAGCGAUUCCACUAACUAUUAGUCUAAUUCCAUUUCGUUUAUUUCUCAGUUGCUCAUUUUUGUGACCUAUCCGUUAAGCACAGGUUCAAAUUAUUUGUGUAGCGGUUAAUCAUAUUAUCCGUCUCUCCAACCUAAGGUAGGUGAAGCACAUGUUGAAACUCCGACCUAUUAUUCGAAAGUUAAGUACUUCAUCGUUCUAACGUUAAAGUUAACACCUAUGCAUUGUAGUAUGCAAAGUGUGUACGGAGUUUAAAAAAAAAACUAUUUUUUUGUAAAUGUACGUUUUAAUCGUUUAAAGAUCCCCAUCAUAUUAAAUGUACAUUUCUUAAUGUCUAUUUGGGAUGGAUAAAUUAAAAUUCAUAAACAACCACACAAUUUCACAGUUUUGAAGCACUGAAUGGCUGUUUGCAACCUGUUAGCAUCCCAUUUACUUAAGCCAACGUUCUUUAACAAUAACUUAUUCCACUUCAUCAUUGUCUCUUUUAUCAGUGUCUCUUGGUUCACUUAUUGCCUUUGUGUGUCGAUAUCUUCUAUAGUCCAUCUAUACUUUGGUGUAACACACAAUCACAUCAAACUUAUCAAUUUAUCAAAGUCUCCCACUGAGUAAGUGAAGGUGAUUUCUACUCUUUAGUUAUUAUUUACUUCUAUGUGAAUUUUCAGUGAUAAUCAUAUCUGUUAUGAUAUAGAAGUGUAUGUCCAGCCAAAACAAAAAAGAGCUGUAUAAGAACUCAUUCUGAGAUCUAACUGUCACUGGAAUGAAGAACAAUUUUUCGAUCAGUUUAUAAUUACGUGAAAAUUCUUCCUAGUUUCUUUCUUUUCCAUUUAAAAAUUUCACGAUUUCUAAAUAAUUGAUCAAGGCUUAUGUUACAUACUCAACAUGAAAUUCUGAAUGUUGAUGAUUUAAACGUCAGCUCUUUUUAUACUUCUAGUUAUCUGAUGUACAAGCAGGAGGAGCCACUGUAUUUAACCGUAUCGGUACACGUGUAGUCCCUAAAAAAGGAGCUGCUGGUUUCUGGUUUAAUCUUUUGCCUAGUGGAGAAGGUGACCUACGAACUAGACACGCUGCUUGCCCAGUUUUAGCUGGCUCGAAAUGGGUAAUGAAUCUAUGGUUUCAUGAACGCGGUCAAGAAUUUCAUAGGCCAUGUGAAUUAGAGCGUGGGGCAAUUGAAACAGAUGAUGGUUUUUAAAUAUAAUCCAGCUUUAUUCCUUUAAAAAUUAUGCAUCUACUCAAUUAUUUGUUCGUUGUUUCGUUUUAUAUUCAUUAUGUCACUACUAACUAAGCUAAGCAUUGAUGAUUUUGUUAAAUCACUUUCGAAAUGUUUAUUUUCAUUCAAAACAAUAAAUUAGCACAUUAGUGAAUACUUCAAUGUGUAAAAUAUAAUCAAUUUUAAUCGAUUUAUUUUUCUUUGCUUCCCUGCACUAAAUAAUCUGCUUACUUUCUAAAAAAGAAAUGAGCAAUCUACUGGUACAUAUGGCUUAUACAUAUGAUGACUCAUUGUUUAUUAUUAAGCAGUUGAAUUUAUAAUGGAUUUUUUUUUCAUAUUCAAAUGGUAAUUGGACGGAAUGUUAAGUUUGUUUUUUUUACCAUAAAUUGAUUUAUUAGUGUAUAUGUUUCGCAAACUGGAGUUAGUCAAUUCAUCGAAGAGGAAAAACAAAAAGAUAAGAACCAAUUAAACAAAUACCAUUUGAUUUCAGAGUAAUGACUAUCAUCGUUAAAGAAUCCUUUAUACUAUUACACUUUAAAUAUGAUAUACUUAAUAACAGCUCUGCAGGACAAUCAUUUCAUAAUUAGGUUUUGGUAUUGAAUUUGAUAAGUAAAUUUUCAUGCAUUAAUUAUUAAUAAUGAAUAUAUGGUAUCAAUAAUUACUAUUUAAUCUACCUUGUGGUGCUACAAUCAACUGAUAACGGCUAACAGAUCAUGAAAUAAACAUUUGCUGAAUACAUUACUUCGUUUAAGCCCUGAUUUUCUGCCUUAAUUUCCGGCUGUUUUUUUAAAAAAUUAACUUGACGCUAUAACAAUAGCUUGUAAAGUAUUCAGAUAAAUUACAAUUAUAUUACCUUUGUUGCCCAUUUGUUCAUUGACUUGUCGCUUAAUAAUAACCUAGAUCGCAAUGUUCAGUACGAACUAAGGUACAAUUUUUAGUUCAUUCAGAAUACACAUAACCUAGACCCUGAAUCACUCACCAAUUGAGCAUAAAACGCAUUGUACUAAUCGAGUAUUUUUGUUCAUUUGGUGGAUAAAAAGAAAAGUUUAAACUUUCACUUUCUCGAAACAGAAUUCUGUCGACUUCUUGUUUUGGAUUUUAAUCCAUUAUGAUGUGUGACAGCUAUUUUUAAAUGGAAAAUUUUAAUAAACUUUAUUUAACGACAAUAAGGAAAUGUUAGGGAUAGUGUUAAUUUACAACCUGGAAAACUUAAAAUUAAGUGAACUUGUUAAAACGACAUAAAAAUCUAACACUGCAUCACGUUAGUUCAAAUACAAAAAGAGAUGUGAAAUAAUGUAUUUAGGGUUUAAAUGAAGUCUACCAAAUAUAACCGAUUCCAAGCGUAGACAAAUCAAGAAAUUAGAAAAUCUCAAAGAGAGCAUAAAAACAGAAAACAUCACCAACAAAAACUACUUCUAAUGACCUAAGGAUGGUUCAUGAUCCUUCACACAGAACUCUUAGUACAUACCAAAUCAUUCUGUUAAAAGAAAAAUUAAACCUAAUUUUACUUAGAAAACCUCUCAGCACUCCAAAGAUCACUCCAAUCCUACAACCGAUAUACAAGAUAUUUCUGGACAAAGAGACACAUGCAUCAUAACACUUUAUCUAGUAGAUGUUAACUAAGCAUUAGUUUAAUCAUGAAAGCAAUCAAAUUAUGCUUGAGUUCAACGCGUU